AUGCUGCAGACCAAUAACUACUCGCUGGUGCUGCUGAUCCAGCUGGCCCUGCUCACCUACGAUCUGUUCGUCAACUCCUUCAGCGAACUCCUGAGGGCCGCGCCCGUCGUGCAGCUGGUCCUCUUCAUUAUCCAGGACAUUGGGAUCCUGUUUAACGUGAUUAUCAUCCUGUUGAUGAUGUUUAACACGUACGUGUUCCAGGUGGGGCUGGUGUCCCUGCUGCUGGAGCGAUUCAGAGCUCUCCUCAUGGUGUCAGCUCUUUACCUGACACUCAGCAUCUGUCUCCACUGCUGGAUCAUGAACCUGAGGUGGAUGGAGUCUAAUCGUUUUGUGUGGACAGACGGGCUGCAAGUGCUUUUUGUGUUUCAGAGGAUAGCGGCAGUAUUGUAUUAUUACUUCUACAAACGCACCACAGAGUACCUGGGGGACCCCAGGCUGUACGAGGACUCGCCGUGGCUGAGGGACGCUUUUGCUCGAGCGCGCCAGUGA